GUAUUAUUUACACCAUUAUAAAAAUAUCCGGAAACCCAAAAAUAACCGCCUCUCACCCCACACCGAGAGCGUUGCUCUUCCCGACUUUAAAAUACACCGCGACGUUGUCUCGUCACUUUCACUAUUACAAUUUUUUCUCAAAUAAUUACAAAAUGAUACCAUCAAGAGGUCCCACGGUAAUUACAGUGCGUCCGAGUGCAAAAUCCCGGGGAAUAAACUGUUGCUGUUGCAACUGCUGCACUUGCUUGAAUUUACAAUUUUUGAGGAGCGAACCGGGAGUGUUGAAAAUCCUCGAAUUGUUUUUGGGGUCUUUCUGCCAAAGUUUGGCCCUUAACUAUGGACUAGAUUUCUCAGGGACAAUGGGCCCCUCUUAUCAGUCAUUUCUAACAGCAGUCGCUUGGUGCAUUAUGACCACAACCCUCCUGUUAUUUUGCUACGUGAUUUCGGAAAAAACGUGCAGUUUAGUCAGACAGUCGUUAUUUGAAACGGUUUUUAAUGCCACGGCCUGUUUUAGUUACCUCUCAACUUGCUCGUACUUGGGUUACAUUGUUAACAUGUUUUUGAAACCGAUGUAUGUAACCGUCCCCUAUUUCCAAGCCUACCCUGCCAUGAGUGCCGCCUAUAUGAUUGGUGGUUUGGUUGGGGCUAUCCACGGUUACGAUGCCUACAAAUGUUACAAGUACUACAAAGGAUACAGAUAAGGGAAAAAUGUAACAAUAACAAAGUAAAUCAAGAGGGAUUAGCGCACAAUCGAGUCUAGAGGUUGUUUUCGCAAACCGGAAAAUCUUGGAAUUGUAUUUUUGGAACGAUUACAACUGUAAACAAUUAACAAUAAAUUAUUACAAAAAUUU